AUGGAUGACAUUGUUCUCUGCCCUCGUGCUCGUUGUCAAAACCCUGCAUCUAAAAGUAACUGCACUGCGACGUUGGCCACCUGCCAAGUGUGCGAUUUCUCUUUCUGUGUGAAGUGUCGUCGAGCUUACCAUGGUGUGAACCGUUGCCAAGCUGUCGUCGUUGCUGUGUCGCGAAUGGUUGAGAAUGAAGACGGCACACUGACGUUCAAGGAGAUCACCGUCGACGAGUACCUGGCUGCUACGGAUGAUCAGCGCAAAGAGAUGGCCUGGUGGUAUGGAGGUGUUAAGAACCUAGAGGCAGCUAUGGAUGAGGCGAUGGGACUUAAUGAUCGG